GCCAUGGGCAAGAACGACCCGACUCCCGCUGCAGCGCCGCUGGCCGUGCCCGUGCCGACCAAGGCACUGGACGGCGCGGCCGCACCGCCAACGGCAUUGUCUGCCGACGAUCUCUCGUACGUUGUCGACAUGGAGGUCAAGGAGUCCAAGCUUUUCCUCGCGACGUGGACCACGCGGCAGAUUGCGCUGACGACCCAAACGCUCGAGAUUCUCGACGGCAACAAGCUCAAGUUUGCUUGCAACACGACCAACUGCACGACGCGCGUGCUGCCCGCCAUCGAUGCCAAGCGGGCGUUUCCGUUCGAGCUCCUCGAGCACGGCAAGACCAAAGCUCUCUUCAACGCACAAACGGCCACCGCGCGCGACGAGCUCUUGCGGCGUAUUGAAGCUGCAGCCGCCGGUGUCGCGUGGGAGUCGCCGACCAACCAUUGGGACAACUUUUUGUCGGUGGCGCGCCGCAUCAACGAGGCCAAGGCCAAAUACACCAGCGUCCCCAAGAGCAAUGUGAGCGUGGCGCUCGUUCAGCGCCAUUUCCAAGAGAUGGUGCACAUCUACAACGUCGCGGGCAGCUUUGCCACUAUUGACGAGCUCUACGCGUUCUUUCUCGACCAAGAGCGCGAGUACGUCAAGGGCGAAGCGCGCGCCGGCAACUUUGCGCAGACUGUGCACCAGCUGCACCCGAUCUGCUACGCCGAGGGGAAGAAGCAGCGUUCGUUUUGCUCGGCGAUUGGCGACAUCAUCACGCACUGUGCGCACCGCAACUGCCGCGCGCCACUCCCGUUGCGCAUGUCGUUUGGCCUGCACAUUUUGCAGCAGCCCGGUGUGUGCCCCGCCUGCAACCGCCCGCUCUACUACGAGACGUACAAGAUCCUCGACUUUCUCGAUGCGACACCGGCUGUCCUCACAAAGUACUCGACGAUGACGGGGACAAGCACGAUGGUGUUUACGCCGCCCGAGAUUCCGGACGAUGGCCGCUUCGAGACGUUCUUUGACCUCUUGAUCGACAUGCUCUUGCGCUGCGAAGACGGCACCAUGUACGCGUCGCGCGUGCUGCGCUUGAGCGUCACCGACAUGGCGCGCAAGACGCUCCAGCUUCCGAUUGGCGCGUUCAAUAUCGACUUGGUCCAAGGCAUGUUCCGGCAGCUCGACUUUGUCAACAAGAUGGUGCCCCACACGGAGUAUUGGAUGCACCCCGAGGUCAUUACCGCGUCGAUUUUUCGCUACGAGCAGUUUCUGUCCCUCAUGGGCAAGAUCGAGACGGACGCUAUCGGGCAAAUGGUCACCAUGCUCGUGCCCACGUCCGACAUUGACCUCGUGUGGCACGCCCACCAGACCACCGGUCGCCCGUACCGCGACUACUCGCGCAGCGUCAACAAGAGCAAGAUGAUCAUCGACCACGACGACACGAUUCCUGGCGGCGAUCUCGCGAAGGGAUAUGCCGAUACGUUUGUGCUCUGGUCGCAGACGUUUGGCGAGGCGUACUCGAGCUUUCCGCCGAGCUACGAGGCAUGGAUCGCGUCGUCGUCGCCCGACCCGAUCACGCGCCACGUGCUGCGGAAGAAGUGGGCCAAGCACGGCAACGUGCCCUCCAAGAACAACCGGUUCUACGGCGUCAACGAAACCUGCGUCGUCGAGGCGCUCCCGUACGCCACGGCGGUGGCCGAGGCCAACGCAGUCAAGCCCGAGAAUGUGCUCGAAGCGGUCCCGAUUUACAUCACGGUCAUUGGCACGCCCGUCAUGGAUGGGCGCGUCCGCAUGCCGUACUCGGUGCAGUCGAUGAUGAUGUUUGACGGCGGCCUCCCGUACUACUACAUGCCCUUUAUGUUUGUCGGUGGCUGCGGCGGCUACGGCUACUUUGGCAUGCAUGGCGGCUGUGGCGUCAUCGGCAGUGGCUGCGCCGGUGUGACCGGCGGCUGUGGCACGUUUGCGGGCGCCGGUGGCUGUGCUGGCGGCGGCGGCGGCUGUGGCAGUGGUGGUGGCUGCGGCGGCGGCGGCGGUUGCGCCAGCGGCUAAGAUCCAAGUGCCAAUAAUUGAGAGAAUCGAUCUAAGAUCUAAUGCACUACGUUUACG